UCAUGCUGCUGCCAGGUCCAGAGUCUCUCAUGAGUCCCUGUACGGCCUCCCAAUUGCUGCUGUCUCCAUCGCCACACUCUGCCCAUGUGCCACUUUCAGGUCUCCUCACACUGCUGGUGGGUUUCCAUUUUUUUGUCAUAGGGGUGCUGGCAGAUUACGGGCCUCCCAUAGCUGCUGCUGCCAGGCCCCUAAUCUGCCAUGGGCCCCUAUACCGCCUCCUCAUGCUGCUGCCAGUCCAGAGUCUCUCAUGGGUCCCUGUACGGCCUCCCAUUGCUGCUGUCUCCAUCGCCACACUCUGCCAUGUGCCACUUUCAGGUCUCCUCACACUGCUGGUGUGUUCCAUUUUUUGU